AGGGGAUUUCUGAUCCUCCGACCAGGAGGAAUUAUUUUCGGACACGAUUAUUUCUUUGAAGAGGACAAUAGAGGAGUCCAGAGAGCCGUUGAUUUGUUUGCCAAAGUUCACAAUCUGAAGGUAAAUGUGGAUGGUGAACACUGGAUUUUGAAUCUUGAAUCCACAACCAAACAAAAC